AUGAGAAUUAUAAUAAAAGGAGGAAUUUGGAAGAACACAGAAGAUGAAAUCCUAAAAGCUGCUGUCAGUAAAUAUGGAAAGAACCAGUGGGCACGAAUAUCCUCCUUACUUGUUAGAAAAUCCCCUAAACAAUGUAAAGCUAGGUGGUAUGAAUGGCUUGAUCCAAGCAUAAAAAAGACCGAAUGGUCAAAAGAGGAAGACGAAAAGCUUCUUCAUUUAGCUAAAUUAAUGCCAACUCAAUGGCGAACCAUUGCACCAAUCGUCGGUAGAACACCUUCUCAAUGUCUUGAAAGGUAUCAAAAAUUGCUAGAUGAAGCUGAAGCAAAAGAAGGCGCUGAUUUAGGCUUAACGGGGCCUUCAGGUGAUGCAGGACCAAGUGCAGAUGAUGUGCGAAGAUUAAGGCCUGGUGAAAUCGACCCAGAUCCAGAGACUAAACCUGCAAGACCUGAUCCUGUUGAUAUGGACGAGGAUGAAAAGGAAAUGCUGUCAGAAGCUCGAGCCCGUUUAGCGAACACGCAAGGCAAAAAAGCUAAACGUAAAGCACGCGAAAAGCAAUUAGAAGAGGCAAGAAGAUUAGCUUCCUUGCAAAAAAGACGGGAGUUAAAAGCAGCUGGAAUAGAUUUAAAAGUAAAAAAGAAAAAAAAAGGAAUGGAUUACAAUGCUGAUAUUCCGUUUGAAAAAAAACCCGCCAAAGGAUUUUAUGACACUACCGAAGAGAAUUCUCGUCAAUCAGAACAAGGAAUGACUAAUGUUCAUCUUCAAAAGCUAGAAGUAAAACGCAGGGCAGAAGGAUUUGAAGAGAGAAGUCGUAAACGUCAAAAAUCAAGCAAGAACGACAAAGAAGGCGGAGGUCCGGUUAAUUUUGUUCCUGCUAGCUCAACGCAACUAAAUAAAUUGAAGCAAGCCGAACAAAUAAGCAAAAGAAGAAAAUUGGUCUUGCCAACACCACAAGUUGGAGAAGAUGAACUCGAAGAAAUAGUAAAAAUUGGGUUUGCUCGUGACACCUCUGGAUUGCCAAUGGUAACGCCAAGGACACCAGCCACGGGCAUGACGUCUCUUAGAACGCCUCGAACACCUGCCUUUGCUAAUCCGGCUGCUAUUAAACAACUUCGAAAUGAACUAUCAAGACUUCCAGCUCCAAAAAACGAUUUUGAAAUUGUUUUACCAGAUGUUCAAUCAGGAGAUAUUCAAGUGGAUGAAAUAGAAUUUAUUGAAGAAGAUGCUGCUGAUCGUGAUCGUAAACUUCGGGAGCAACAAGAAGCAGAAGAACGAGCUAUGCUUUCACGCAUAUCUCAAGUAAUCCAACGCAGUCUUCCUCGUCCUAUUGAUGUCAAUGAAAAAUCAUUACUUCAAUUAUCUCAAAGUGAAGACGAAGUUUAUCAGUUAAUCAAUCUUGAAAUGGUUCAAUUACUGCAUCAUGAUGCAGUAAAAUAUCCUGUUCAUCAUAGCAAGGUUCCGGGUGGCCCAGUGGAACCACUGGAGGAAUUUUCAAAUGAAGUUUUAGCAAAUGCACGUAAAGCAAUAGAAGAGGAACUUUUUCUCUUAAUUAAGAAAGACCCUCACGGGGUAAUUAAUGGAAGCGAUAUUCCUGAGAUCGAACGCUUUGAUGAGUUUUGGCAAAGAAUAAACGAUAAUAACAAUAAUGAUGACAUUAAAAAAGAUGAUCUUAUACGAGAAUUUCAAAAUACUCAUGAGUUUAAUCGAAAUGCAAUGAUUAAAGAAGCCACUAAAGCAGCAAAAAUAGAGAAAAAACUAAACCUAACUCUGGGAGGAUAUAUUUCGCGUUCUCAAUCAUUGUCCAAAAAGGUUAAUGAAACAUCUGAGCAGCUGGAACAAGCAAAAAUUGAAUUGGAUUCCUUUAAAUCGUUGAGUGUUUCUGAAAAAGAAUCUAUACCUUUACGUAUGGAGAAACUGCAAAAUGAAGUUGAUCAUCUCGCAGGACGAGAAUCUGAAUUACAGAAGAAAUAUGCGCAUCUUUCAAUCGAAAGGCAGGCUAUUCUCGAAAGAAUUGAAGCAAUGCAAAGUAAAAAAGAUGACAUUUAA